CUGAGCUGCCAAACUACAGCAGCUGCCGGACCCUGGGACAGAGCAAGGGUUUCAGACACAUCGACCACCAACCCCACCGGAGGGAGGAGCCAGGCCCAGCUACCAGUGCCAUGACCUUCGCUGAGCUCGUGGACCGCGUGGCCAGCAAAGGGCCCUUCCAGUUCCUGCACACGGUCCUGCUCGGCCUCCCGAUCCUCAGCAUGGCCAACCACAACCUGCUGCAGAUCUUCACAGCGGCCACCCCCGCCCACCACUGUCGCCCACCACCCAACGCCUCCGCGGGGCCCUGGGUGCUCCCCAUGGGCCCGAAUGAGAAGCCUGAGCCGUGCCUCCGUUUUGUAUAUCCACCCAACGCCAGCCUGCCCAAUGACACCCAGGGGGCCACCGAGCCCUGCCUGGAUGGCUGGACCUACGACGUCAGCACCAGGGACUCCAUUGUGACUGAGUGGGACCUGGUGUGCAACUCAAACAAGCUGAAGGAGAUGGCCCAGUCUAUCUUCAUGGCGGGCAUACUGAUUGGGGGGCUCGUGCUGGGAGACCUGUCGGACAGGUUUGGCCGCAAGCCCAUCCUGACCUGCAGCUACCUGCUGCUGGCAGCCAGCGGCUCAGGCGCAGCUUUCAGCCCCACCCUCCCCAUCUACAGUGUCUUCCGCUUCCUGUGUGGCUGCGGCAUCUCAGGCAUCACCCUGAGCACCACGAUCUUGAGUGAGCCACAGGGGGAGGGGACGGGGACCAGGAGUUUGGGGAGCACCAGCCUGAAGCCAAGAGUGUGGCUCAGCCACAGGCACCGGGUGACCCUGGUCAAGCAAGGCGCUGCCCCUCUCGGAACCCCAGAGGCCCCCUCUGAACAUAACAACAAGCAUAAUAGCAGCAGCUUCAAUACUGAGGACCUACCCCGGGCCUGGCAUCUGCCAGGUGUCGAGUGGGUGUCCACCCGGAUGCGGGCCGUCAAGUCGAUUUCACUCGGUUACUUCUACACCAGUGGCCAGUUCAUUCUGCCUGGUCUGGCCUACGCCAUCCCCCAGUGGCGCUGGCUCCAGUUAACCGUGUCCAUUCCCUUCUUCGCCUUCUUCCUGUUGUCCUGGUGGCUGCCAGAGUCCAUACGUUGGAUGAUCCUGUCUGGAAGGUCCUCCAAGGCCCUGAAGACAUUCCGGCAGGUGGCGGCCUUCAAUGGCAAGAAGGAGGAAGGAGAAAAACUCAGCCUGGAGGAGAUCAAACUCAACCUGCAGAAGGAGAUCACCCUGGCCAAGGCCAAGCACAGCAUAGCUGACCUGUUCCGGACACCCAUCCUGCGCCGUGUGACCUUCUGUCUUUCCCUGGCCUGGUUUUCCACCGGUUUUGCCUACUAUAGUUUGGCUAUGGGUGUGGAGGAAUUCGGCGUCAACCUCUAUGUUCUCCAGCUCAUCUUUGGUGGGGUUGACGUCCCAGCCAAGUUCAUCACUAUGGUCUCCAUAAGCUAUCUGGGCCGGCACACCACGGAGGCCGUUGUUCUACUCCUGGCAGGAGGCUGCAUCCUGUCUCUCAUCUUUGUGCCUUCGGACUUGUUGACCCUGAGGACAGUACUGGCUGUGUUUGGGAAGGGAUGCUUGUCCAGCUCCUUCAGCUGCCUCUUCCUCUACACGAGCGAGCUAUACCCCACAGUCAUCCGGCAAACAGGUAUGGGCAUAAAUAACCUGUGGACCCGCGUGGGAAGCAUGACGGCCCCACUGGUGAAAAUCACCGGGGAGCUGAAGCCCUUCAUCCCCAAUGUCAUCUUUGGGACCAUCGCCCUCCUGGGAGGCAGUGCAGCCCUCUUCCUGCCUGAGACGCUCAAUCGGCCCUUGCCAGAGACCGUUGAAGACUUAGAAAACUGGUCCCUGCAGGCAAAGGAACCAAAGCAGGAGCCAGAAGCGGAAAACACAUCCCAGAGGAUCUCUCUGCAGCCUUGUGAACUGGGCCUGGGCCCCAACUGAAGGCAACAGACCCUCCUUUCCCUGCCCUCCAGAGACUAAUCCCAGCCAGGUCCUUGCCUGUCUCUGGGCUCCUCAGGCACCUUGGGGAGGGCCCUGGGUGCAUCUAUGCUCCUAGGACAGUCUUCUGAGAGCUUGGUGGAGGUAUCUCCACCACCACCGGAGCUCCCCAACCCAGCCCUGGCCAGUUCAAAAGUUUGGCCACAGGCCUUCGCACACCCCACCUUGCCCUCACCCUCCCUGCAGCCCAGGCCCUGCCAUUCUUCUGUCCAGCCCUUCCCCACUGACCACUUCCCGCCUUGUUCCCACUCCCUUCCCCUUCUUGCUCCCACCCCUUUCUUCAAUGGGAGGUUUCAAUAAACAGCAGUGAAGAACUCAA